GAAGCGGCAGCAGGGGCUGUGUGUGGACAGUUUGGGGGGAGGAAACGAAUGGGUGGCCUGUCUCUCCACACAACGCCAGCCAGAGAGCAAAUAUAAUCUUACAGAGGAACACCUGGACACCCCCUCUCCCCUUCCCACUAUGGCCGACUCCAUGGACAUAGAUGACUCUCUGUACAGUCGGCAGCGGUAUGUGCUGGGGGACAGUGCUAUGCAGCAGAUGGCCCAGUCCUCUGUGUUUCUCAGUGGAAUGGGAGCCCUUGGAGUGGAAAUAGCAAAAAACAUUGUUCUGGCAGGAGUGAAGGCAGUCACUCUUCAUGACUGUAAGCGAUGUGAAGUUUGGGAUCUUGGCACCAACUUCUUCAUCAGAGAGGAGGAUGUGCAUAGCCAGAAGAAAAGGGUGGAGGCUGUCCAUUCUCGAGUGGCUGAGUUAAACCCAUACGUUCAGGUCAGUGUGGCCACUGAUGUCCUGGAUGAAAACACUGACCUCAGCUUCCUAAAGAGAUACCAGUGUGUAGUGUUAACAGAAACAAAGCUGAGCUUACAGAAACAAAUCGACUGUUUCUGCCACUCUCAGCAGCCUCCUAUUAAGUUCAUUGGCUGUGAUGUGUUUGGGAUCUGCUCGCGAGUGUUCUGUGAUUUUGGGGAGGCGUUUGAGGUGUCGGACCCUACGGGAGAAGAACCAAAAGAGCUCUUCAUCCAAAACAUCAGCCAGGGGAAUCCUGGUGUUGUGACGUGUAUGGACAGCCGAGCACAUGGCCUCCAGACUGGGCAGAGUGUGUGUUUUAAAGAGAUCAAUGGCAUGAGUGAACUCAAUGGUUCCACUCACCAAGUUACAGUUCUGUCUCCCUACAGUUUCGCGGUUGGUGAUACCUCAUCAUUCCAGCCGUACGCUCAUGCAGGAAUCUUCCGCUUGGUCAUGAUGCCCAAAAUCUUCACCUUUGAGACGAUGGAGCAGCAGUUAUCUGACCCCCGGCUCCUUACUCCAGACUUCAGUAAACCAGAGGCCCCUCUGCAGCUCCAUACAAUCAUGUUAGCUUUGGAUGCUUUCCUGGAACAGCAUGCUAGACUCCCCAACAUUGGUUGUAUGCAGGAUGCUGAGCUGCUCCUGAAGUUCACAGAGGAGGUCAGCAGAACACUUAAAAACAAAGUAUGCAUAAACCAGGAGCUGGUGAGGAGCGUGUCGUGCUGUGCGAGGGGAUGUCUCUCUCCUCUAGCGGCAGCGGUGGGUGGUAUUGCUAGUCAAGAGGUUUUAAAGGCUCUCACUGGAAAGUUUUCUCCUCUUCAGCAAUGGUUUUAUCUCGAUGCGAUAGAGGUGAUUCAGCCCCUCCAAUCUCUUCCUGCUGAGGAAUUUGCCCCAAGGGGAGACCGGUACGAUGCGUUGAGGGCGUGUAUCGGAGAGUCACUGUGUUUGAAACUGCACAAAUUUCAGGUCUUUAUGGUGGGCUGUGGUGCUAUUGGCUGUGAGAUGCUGAAGAAUAUGGCACUAAUGGGGGUCGGAUUGAGCAGAUGCUCGGGAGAGAUAUGCAUCACAGAUCCAGAUUUGAUUGAGAAAUCCAACCUCAACAGGCAGUUUCUCUUCAGACCUCAGCAUAUACGGAAGCCAAAGAGCACUACUGCAGCAGCAGCUUCUUUAGAAAUAAACCCAGAGCUGCAAAUAGAUGCUCAUCUGAAUAAGUUGUGUCCCGCUACAGAGGACAUGUACAGUGACGCUUUCUUCUCCCGUCUCAACCUGGUGGUCACUGCACUGGACAACGUGGAGGCACGGAGAUAUGUGGAUAGUCGGAGUGUAUCCAAUCAGAAAGCUCUGUUAGACUCGGGUACCAUGGGUACGAAAGGACACACUGAGAUCAUUGUCCCAUACCUCACUGAGUCCUACAACAGCCAUAGAGACCCACCUGAGGAGGAGAUUCCGUUUUGCACUCUAAAAUCUUUUCCUGCUGUUAUUGAACACACCAUACAGUGGGCCAGAGACAAGUUUGAGAGUGCUUUCUCCCACAAACCCUCCAUCUAUAACAUGUUCUGGCAGAGUCAUUCAUCAGCUCAAGAGGUGUUACAGAGGAUGAUGGCCGGGGAGACUAUGGAAGGGUCAUUUCAGGUCAUUAAGUUGCUGAGUCGGAGACCCACUCAGUGGAAUCACUGUCUAGCUCUCGCUCGACUCAAAUUCGACAAGUACUUCAAAAAAAAGGCAUUACAACUGCUACAUUCAUUUCCACUGGACACACGGCUAAAAGACGGCAGUCUGUUUUGGCAGUCUCCCAAACGGCCGCCUUCUCCUAUAGAGUUCGACCUCGAUGACCCACUGCAUUUCAGUUUUGUUGUCAGCACAGCUCGCCUUUUUGCUGGAAUUUAUAAUAUUCCUCAUUCAGAAGAGCAACUUUCCUAUGAGGCUGUUUCAAGUGUUUUAGCUGAAGUGGAGGUUCCUGAAUACAAACCAGCUGAAAAGCAUAUAGAGACCGAUGAGACUGUUAAGAAGCCUGAUCAGUUGAAAAUGACCGUAAGCAGUGAAGAGGAAAGACAAGCAAUCUCACAGCUACAGGAGGCCAUCAUCUCCAGCUUUGUAACACCGGAGAGGCUCCGUAUGACUCCGCUUUUCUUUGAAAAGGAUGACGACUCAAAUGGACACAUAGAUUUCAUAGCAUCAGCGUCGGCUCUGCGAGCUCAUAUGUACGCCAUUGAGGCCGCUGACAGACUACAAACCAAACGAAUCGCUGGCAAAAUCAUCCCUGCUAUCGCCACAUCUACAGCUGCUGUCGCAGGACUGGUGUCAUUGGAGUUGAUAAAAGUCGCUGGUGGUUAUGGAUUUGAGUUAUUUAAAAACUGUUUCUUCAACCUGGCCAUUCCAGUCAUGGUGCUCACAGAAACCGCUCCGGUCAAGAGAACCCAGAUCAGAGAUGAUAUCUCCUUUUCUAUCUGGGACCGUUGGACUAUCUUUGGUCAUGAGGACUUUACCUUGUCUGAUUUCAUGAACGCAGUAAAGGAGGAGAACGGGAGUGGGUGCUGA